GUGCCCUCCCUCCUUCUAAUCGGAGCAGAAACACGUAGCCUGAGCGACACCUUACAUUUGCCAUAUAAGUCCACAAUAGAGACUCGGGCACUGACUUUACACACCUCUUUUGUGGAGGAAACGAGCAGCGCCUUCCCCUCCUAAAUCCUGUGAUGUCAUCUGAGACAGGCUUCCUCACAGGAUUGGAGGAUCUCGCCAUAAAUUUCCUGAAAACUCCCAACCCCUUUUUUGUCUUUCCCCAUCCCAACCCUACACGUCCGUGACUUCCUGCCCGAGAUUACAAAGUUUUCCAUCGGAGCCUACGACUUUUACGCAAAUCAAUAACUUUUAAGGACACAGCAAGUCGAUCUAGACCGCUACAUUAUCCGGGCUCCUUUUUUUGUUUGUUGAGAAAACAAAGUAAUCGAGGUUAUGGAGGUGGUGAGGAAGAAAAUCCAAUCCCUCCAGCUGCAAGUUGAUGAGGCAGAAGACCGUGCACUGGCGGUACAAAGGGAGUUGGACACUGAACGGGAACAGCAUGAAAAAGCGGAGGGCGAUGUCGCAUCUUUGAACCGCAGGAUCCAGCUGGUGGAGGAGGAGCUGGACCGCGCUCAGGAGCGACUGGCCACAGCCCUGCAGAAACUGGAGGAGGCUGAGAAGGCUGCAGAUGAGAGUGAAAGAGGCAUGAAGGUGACUGAGAACAGAGCAAUGAAAGAUGAGGAGAAGAUGGAGAUCCAGGAGAUUCAACUCAAGGAAGCGAAACGCAUCGCUGAGGAGGCGGACUGCAAAUACGAGGAGGUUGCCCGUAAACUGGUAAUCAUCGAGGGUGAGCUGGAGAGGGCAGAAGAGAGGGCAGAAAUUGCAGAACUCAAGUGUGCUGACCUGGAAGAAGAGCUGAAGAACGUCACCAACAACCUGAAGUCGCUAGAGGCUCAGUCUGAGAAGUACUCUGAGAAAGAAGACAAAUAUGAGGAGGAUAUUAAAGUCCUGAGUGACAGACUUAAGGAGGCGGAAACCCGCGCUGAAUUCGCAGAGAGGACAGUGGCUAAGCUGGAAAAGACCAUAGAUGACUUAGAAGACGAACUGUACACUCAGAAGCUGAAAUACAAGGCUAUCAGCGAGGAGCUGGAUCUUGCCCUCAAUGAUAUGAACACCUUGUAAACCUUGCUCAUGAUGUUUCUACUUUCCCUUUGUCUCCCCUCGUCCGAUUGAAAGCACUUUGUCUUUUCUUUUUCUGCCCCUUGCUCCUUUUGCGUUAAACUAAAGCUCAAUAAAGAUAUUUAUCUCUUUUAUUCUGUCUUCUGUCAUUUGAGUUCUGCCUGCUUUUUAUCACUCAGAAGCUACAACAGUUUAUAUAUAUUUUUUUGGCCGUUAUGAAAAGGUCAAAUUUGUAGGUUAACGUAUUGUACUCGAGUGUUUCCUUUGGUAUUUCUGCUCUAACCAUAUAUUAAUAGAUCACCCAUUGCUCUUAUAUGAUCAAUAAUCUGUUCACUGACAAAGCCAUUGCAUUUCAUAUCUGUUGUUACUUUU